CAGAAUCGCCGCGAAAUGAGGCUGACCCUCGCACUUGGAGUACUCUUGGUGGCAGGAGCCGUGUCUGCCCAGCCGCAGGGAAGGAUCGCCGGGGGCGAGGACGCCGUUCCCGGCCAGCUGCCCUACCAGGCGGCCCUCUCCGUCGGCGGCAGCUACAACUGCGGAGCGGUGAUCGUCGCCGAGCGGUACGCCCUCACCGCCCUCAGUUGCGUCUGCUCCGACGGCAAGGACACCCCUUGGCCAGCUGUUCUGUUUGCGGUGACCGUGGGAUCCGUGGACCUGUACUCCGGCGGCAAGCAGAUCCGCGUGGAGGAGAUCACCAUCAACCCGAACUACAACACCCUGAAGACGGGCAUCGCACUGCUCCGCCUGCAGGAGGCCAUCCCGUUCGGUGAGAACGUGGCGGCCAUUCCGCUGUCGAAGGAGGUGCCACCACUGGGCGCCCAGGUGGAGGUUUCCGGCUGGGGUCGCACCACCGAAUCCGAGGCGAACAUGCACCGCACCCUGCAGAUCGGAGCCGCCGAGGUGAUGGCUCCCCGGGAGUGUUCCCUGGCCAAAACGGAGGAGGUUCCCGUGGAGAACGACCAGGUGCUCUGCUUGGGCCACGGACGUCGCGAGGGAAUCUGCAGCGGGGACAUCGGCGGACCGGCCGUCUUCCAGGGCCAACUGGUGGGUCUGGGUGGCCAGGUGCUCGGCGAAUGCGGUGGCAUGCUGCCCGAGAGGUUCAUCAGCAUCGCGGCCAACUUCGAUUGGAUCCAGCAGCAGUUGCAAUAAAGUGAUUAUCAUAAAAAAAAGAGCAUGACAAGAGCA